GAACUAUUUUCACAUCCCGUCUCAGCAAAACGUACUAGCUGCACGACCGCUCUCGCUGUUGUGGUACACCUGGGUAGAGAUAACUGACCUUUAACGACUCACACGCUUCCAAAUCUACGCGCACUCUUUGAGACACUCGAAGAGGAAAUAUCAACAACACCAACGCACAAAAGAUCUGCAAGAGGACGCGAGUAUUUCAAAGCACUCUUGCCGAGUUACGAGCACCAGCAUACUGUAGCGGCACGACGAGCGCUGUUUGUUUUGUUGAAUUAAGUACAGAGAAUCAAAGCACAACUGCUUUGCAACGAAGGCAUUGUUUCAACAUUCCUUUUUUGUUACCCUCUUCUCCUUCGACAAUGACUUGCGUGCUUCGCCUCACGUUGGUGGCAACACUGGUCGUGGCACUGGUGGCCCUCUCCGCUGCGUACGCGAAGACGGAUUCGGUCGCCGCCUCUUCUGGGUUGUCUUCCAGUGCAGAAGGAGUGGACUUGGAGGUGGUGCUGGUCCAAGUGCUGCACCGCCACGGCGCUCGUGCCGGCACGCCGCGGUUCAACACCUCCGAUAUCUGCACCGAGGCUCCGUGCGGGUACCUGACCUGGGCCGGUGUCAAGAUGCUGCUGAACACCGGUGCCUACCUGCGUAAACGCUACAAUGAGGACACGACGGUGGUGAACACGCCGCUGUUUCCGUCGCCGAGCUACAACCUUGAUGUGUCCUAUAGCCGCUCCUCGGACGUCCUUCGCACCCUGCAGAGCGCCGAGGCCUUCCUGCGCGGCUUUUUCCCGAACACCACCAGCCUCUACGCGGCCAUCCACACGGUGGCGGAGGCUACAGACAUUCUGCUGAACAGCAAUGUACAGCCGUGGCUGAAGUUCUUCUACUCGAACAACAAGCCGUUGCUGCAUAAAGUGUGCAACCCUCUGACCGACAAGCUCUACCCUGACUGGACGGAGAUUACGAAGAUUGGCAAGGAGGUUUUUCUUGAAGGUUUCUGCAACGUAUACGAGACACGCUCGGACUGUGUGCGCACUCUCUUCGACAUUGCCGCGGCGAAGAUGGCGGUCGGUGAACUGGAUAAGUUCCCGCUGUUGAAGGCCAACUAUCAAAAGAUUCAGAGCAUCACGCGCGUGCUCUUCGCUUACGAGUAUCACUACGACCAUACCGACCCUCUCAUGUUCAAACAGGGUGGCCGCGGUCAGCCUUUCCUGAAGCAGCUAGUGCAGAACAUGGACAACCAGAUCGCUGGCACGAACACGUACAAGCUGAUGCACUACAGCGGACAUGAUACAACGCUGGCGCCGGUCUGGGGCACCCUCGGCGACGAGUCGGACACGGCCAUGCUGCCUCCAUUUGCGCAAAUUAUGGUGGUGGAGCUGCUCAAGUCCAAGUCGACGGGCGCCGAGCAGGUGCGCGUGCUGCGCGGCGCGCCGGGCCAGUCCCCUGACACCAACUUUGUCUUCGACUGGGACAAUUCGUGGAACUUGCGCUGCAUGAACUCGUGGGGCGCCACCUACAUUGCAGAUGGACACACCUGCCCGUUUGAGGACUUCAAGCGUUACAUCCGCUGGUCGGAGCCUGGCGACGCGCGCGGCUACUGUUUCCUCGAUCCCGAUUCUGUAGCCAUUGCAAACUGCCCGUCGGGGAACAGCGCCUACGGUCCGCUGUCCAGCACGUGCCAGUCUUACCGCGCCGCCUGCCCGUCCUUCGCCUGCACCAACGGCUACACCCUCGACGGUGCCUCCUACCAGUGCGUUUGCUCCACCGACUCCUGCCUGGGCGGCACGUCGACCCGCGCCACCACCAGGCCGGGCACCGCCAAGGCGAAGGGCGCUGCCAGCGCGAAGGGCACGGCUGACCAGACAAAAAUGAGUCACAACAGCGGGCUCAGCGCGGGUGCUGUCGUGGGGGUUUCCCUCGGCACCUUCUGUGUCGGCGCUGUCAUCGCAGUCGCAGUGACGACAGUUGUGUGCGUCUGCGCGAAACGCCGUCACCAAAACGCCACAACGAAGCACGGUUUUGUGGCGUUGGACGACGGCCGGAGCAAUAGGAUCGAAGCGCGCGAGGAAGAGAGUGCUUAA